AUGGCGUCUCCUCCUUGCGUCUGUAACUCCAACGGGAAGCUCCCCCUUCCUCGCAUCAUCCACGUCUACCAUGAGCGUCAGUCUCUCCUGCAGUGCGCACGCCACACAGUCAACAACAUCCUUCAGGCGCCGGCUUACUCGUCAGCCGACUUUGAACGACUGGCGGGAGCCCUAGAUCGAGGGGAGUUUUUUCCAGUGGAAAAACUGGAGCAACAGAUACCACGAGGUCCCCCUGCAACUGCCCACGCAAAAGGGAAGAGAAGCGAACUCCGACCGCCUAGACGACGUGGCGCAUGGGCCGGCCAAAGUAUAUUUGCCGGCGGCCCAGAGGCGUGUUCAGAAGGGGCGAGUAUCCCGGUGAACGAAAGGGAGACAGCGAGCCGAGAUGGUUUCUGCGGAGAAACAAAAACACAUGAACAGGCUGGAUGGCAAGUCCGAGGUCAGACAGGUGAAGACAAGCAUCAGACCUAUAGCGGCCACAGCAUGCCUCAAGAGGGGGAUCCAGGGAAACGCAGCUGCCAUGGAAACGGUGCAGCCGUGUCAGAACAAGACAGGAUUUGCACGCUGACAAGGCAGGCUUCGCCAGGCUCGCCUGACUCUUCGUCGCAAAGCCCACAUGCACACAGAGGGAAAGAGCCUUGUUCCUCUUCUGGGUUGCCGUUGAGAGAGUCGUCUGACUCUUCGUCCACUUCAUUCUACACUCCAGAACAGGAAGCAGGCGAUUCGUGGCCACCCUCUUCUCCGAACGCUUCCACACCUGUCGCUCCUGCGCACCUAUCGAGGAAUACAAAUUUCGGUCCAAUCAUCUUGAAAAGGACCGACGUUCCUUCACGGGCCACAGCUCCUCUUUCGUGUAGUCCCCUCUCUUGCGCGACAGCAAUGCCUGUAUUUCUUCGACCUGUCCCGCCACGUCCUGUGGCGUCUCCUCUUUUUCCAGAAGAAGGAUCCAGAGGAAACCUGUUUUCUGCCCUUUUCGCCACAAACUACAGCGCUCCAUUCUGCCUAGGGAAUUACGACUUAUCUCUUGUGCAGUUGCUUCUGGGUCGCCACGGACUCGAGCUCGAUUUCAGGAACGAAAGGCGGGCACAAGGGAGGAGCGGUAGAACAGUGUCCGCUAAGGGCGUGCCGACAAAAGGCAGCAGUCUCACACACGAGAACACGCGAAACAGUUGUUGUCCGGUCUUUCCAGGCGCUGUGACCUUAGAGCAACUGAGAAAUCCGCGGUUGGUCGGUUUUAUCAUCAACGUUGAACUCCCGAAGACGGGUUGGAGACGACUUUUACCGAAGAGUGCAAGUCGCCAUUUCUAUGCCAUCAGAAAGCUGAGCUGUACGUACACGUUAGAACCGCGGUCGUGUGGGACGGGCGGGAAGUUCGGAUCGGCGAACGAAAUGGCGACGGGGAAACGGGCAGAGAAAAAUACCGUUCUGCUUCUGGACGUGCCAGAAAGAGAUCCACAGAAUGAGGACUGGGGAACGAGCGAAAGUCAAACGGAGAAGCCGCCAGCGACUCGAGUUCACUGUGGCGAAGCACCGCAUGAUUGUCCUUGUGGGUCACUGUCUUUUAUUCAAUACACGACGAGUGAAGACAGACAUGAUGCGGCCUCUCGUUUCCACAGCGAGACCGAAAGGCGCGUUAGUUCGUCACAGAAGGCGGCCGCCGCAGGGCAUGCUCAUUCAGAAAGCGGCUAUUGCUGGGUAAAUUUGGAUUCGAAACUCGAAAGGCCUUACGUCUUUGUCGACGAUCGCGCUCUUGUACUUUACCUCAAUAAGAAACUAGGGGAAAGGUACGGCGUGUCAAUGCAGGGAAGCACCCAGGCUAUGCCGCGUGUCAGUCCUGAGGACAAGAAAAGGUGUCUUCAAAUGUUUGAAGAAGGAUGCGUUUGUAGCACUACACCCCGAGCAGACUCUCAGUAUCAGGAAUGCGAUGAAAGUACGGUGGGGGAUCUCGGGGGAAAGCGAUUUGAGGCAGAUGCAAAGGGGGGACGCUCUCCAGAAACACGUAGCGCUCCUGCCACUGUACACAAAGUCCCUCAUGAACCGCUGCGUCUGUAUAUGCCUCGCCGAUAUGGAGAUGAAAACUCGGCAACAGAGUCUUCUAAUGUGGACGACGAUUAUAAAGAUGCAGUUGUGAUAGAGGUCGUUCUGGCAACCGACGAAAAUGGUUGA